AUGCUCAAAGAAUGGAUUCGAAACCCCAACCUCGCGGAUAUGGUUGUAGAGGAACGGUACACGUCCUGGGUUGAGUCCCUGCGGACUGACCGAUAUGUGACAGUAUCGGAACUCCAACUUGAGAAGAUCUAUGGAACGAGCAAAGAAGCUCUCGCCUUUAUUGCUGAAGUGUUGCGUGGCCAGACAGGUGUGCCGCACCCGCAGGCACCAUCGAUCAAGAAAGCCCGUCUUUACAAGGUGCUCAAGGAGAUUAUUGAAGACACCAGCAAAGGUCAGCGUGGUGCAUCAGAGGUGUCUCUCAGUGGCCGAGUAAAGGAUGGUGCAGCUAAAGCAUUGCUGCAGAAACAACUCGGGGGUCUUGGAGCAAACAUCGGUGAGUUUAUGGACUUGAAGACGGGGGCCAUCAAAGCAAAAAAACCGAAGAAGGAGAAACCACCUGAACAGGAAGCCAUUGCUGAACUCAAGAAGGUCAGAUGCCUGGAAUCCCAUGUGCCUAAAGCUCGUGAUGGCUCUCAGCGUGUGAGUGAGAAGGUGAAGACCCCUUUGAGUCAGGUGGAUCCGGCUGCGAUUCUUCUUCUCAUCGAAGCGGAGAAGGAACUUAUCCAGCCGAUCGAUACCGAUGUAAAAGAUGGCAAACGCCGUGUUUCUGCUGUUAAGGGGCCCAAGAAAAAAACUGCCAAUCAGGAAGCUGGUGAAAGCGAAUCGGAUUGA